AUGGACUACGCGCAAAAGGCCGCAUGGGCGUGUGACGCUCUGCGCAACGCCAUAUCCGCCGUAUCUUCUGUCUCGUCGUCGUCGUCGAUAUUGGCAGUCCGAGAUGUCAUGAACAGCAAUGAAGAAGGGGGUAAUCCGCUUGACCUGGUCCCCCCAGAUAAGCUCGAAUACCUCUUGAAGCUCGUCCAGGCCAUUUUCGACGCACGCUUCAUCGCCGGCUGCUACAACAUCGCCGUUGUCCUUACCAUCGCCGUCUUCGCCAUUUUGCACUGGCGUAAAUCCAGAAAUGACCGCCGACAGUGGUUGGCCAGGAUAAGGGGGACAAAGUCAGACUCAGCCCAAAAGACGACGGCGAAGACGACGGCAACGACGACAACAAGAACGAUACAGACAUCCUCUUCGCCAGCAUCAUCCAGCCGAUCCAGUCCCGGUACCUCCACGCCCACCGGCGGCGACUGGAAAGACAACCUAGUUGAUCUCGAACGCUCACCACUCCUUUGGGGUCGCACAUCCAGCCUCACCAUCAACUCAACCCGUCUAGACCGCAAGCCGUCCCUCUCCAGCACCAUCUCCUCCUGGCUCGCCCGCCAACCGCCACCGAUCCCCAUCGUCAACCGCACCCUCCCCAGCAACGGCACCUCGCUCUUCAUCACCUUCUGGAUCCUGUUGAACGUUUUAUUCCAGAUGUUUUUGAUUCCGCUCCGGUGGGACUUCUUUUUCGUCUUCGGCGACAAAAUGGGCUUCAUGUUCAUCGUCAACCUGCCGCUCCUCUACCUGCUCAGCGCCAAGAACCAGCCCCUCCGGGUAUUGACAGGCUACUCGUACGAAGCCCUCAACAUCUUCCACCGUCGCGUCGGCGAGAUGAUGUGUUUCAUGGCUGCUGUGCACUUCGCCAGCAUGGUCAUCUGGCAGUUCGUGCUAGCGGAGGACUGGAUGUUGGCGUCCAAGUCUGCCUGGGCCUACUUCACGCACCCCUUGAUUCUCUGCGGUCUGGGCGCAUUUGUGUCGUAUGAGCUGCUUUACUUCACUUCCUUGGGAAGUUUCAGGCAGAGAUGGUACGAGCUCUUUUUGGCGUCGCACGUCGUGCUUCAGAUCGCUGCGCUCGUGUUUCUUUGGUUUCACUAUUAUACCAGCCAGCCGUAUGUCGGUUUGUCGCUGCUCAUCUUUGUGUUGGAUCGGCUGGUCUGGCGGCUACGCCUUAAGCGGGCGACCGUCAUAGCCGAUAUCGAAGUGCUGGAGGAUGGGCAGACUUAUUUGCUUUCGGCUGAUUGGGACAUCAUCCCCUCUGCUCAUUCCAGAGGCAACCAACCCUGGUGGAAGUUCAACUCUAACAAAUCCAUCCUCAACGGCUGGAGCCCCACCGACCACGUCUUCCUCACGGUCCCUUCACUAGGCGGCUCUCACGCUUUACAAGCCCACCCGUUCACCAUCGCUUCUGCCGCCCCCGUCGUUACCUCUACUGAGCAGCAACCAACUCACGCAUGGUUCAACCUCCUCAUCCGCUCCUACGCCGGAUUCACAUCCGACCUCCUCCGCCACGCUCAAGCAGGCCAUACCCGCGUGUCCGUGCAACUAGACGGGCCCUACGGCUCUUCGCACGCGCUGGACAUGCUUCGGGCGUCGGGAAGUGCCAUCUUGGUGGCGGGAGGCAGUGGGAUUGCGGUUACGUUUCCUUUGGUUUGGGCUUUGCUUCAACGAUCGGAGGAGGAUGUACCAUCAGAUGUGAGGAAGGAGGAUGAUGAUGAUGAUGAUAGUCUAGGAGUGGAUGUGGAUGAGGACGACGAUGAGGAAGACAAGGUGCUGAGCGUGAGAAGCGGCUCGGGGUCGUUGACCAGGCAAAAGCAAAGAGUGCACAUGCUCUGGGUGACGCAUUCGCGGUCGCACAGGGAUUGGAUUCCGCAGGAGCAGUUUGAUGAGCUAGUUGCGCUGGGACUGGACUUGGUGAUUCCGGAGCCGACGGAAGAAGCUGGGCGGCCGGAUGUGGCGGGGAUUGUGAAGGGGUGGAUCUUGGAUGCGGCGAGCGAUGGGCUGGAGUCGGCGGUGGUAGUGUCCGGGCCGGAUGGACUGAAUAGGACGGUGAGGAAUACUUGUGCUGAUGUGAUUGGGGAGGGGUUGGAUGUGAGGAUAGCGGUUGAGAAGUUUGGUUGGUAG